AUGAAUCAAGAUGGUCUGUCGCCCAAUGCCCGAAGUGCUACCAAGCCCCAAGAUCCAAAAGUUCUAGCUCGCCUUGAUCCCUUGAAUGAUGACGAGGAAAUCGACGCGAUUAUCGCCCUUCACCGCCUUCCCCUUUGGGCCCUUCUGCCACGUCUCCAGAGAGAUGGAUUUUUUUCGGCUGAGAAACCAACCCCCUGGAGCCUGCCUGUACUCAUCACAAUUGAAGCUGCCGAUGGCAGUGCGAAAUGCGCGGCCCUCGAAUUUGCCGGAGGUGCGACCGGCGGGGGUACCGGAACGGAUCAACCGACCAUCCGACUAGCCGCCGCGGCGAAACGGAUGGUCCGAGAGCGGAUCCAGGACCACUGGAAGAAGCAGUGGGAGAGCGAGAGGACCGCUCAGCCCACGAAGCGCUUGGUGGAGUGGCCAAGCAAGAAGACCUUACCUUUGCACGAAUGUCUUUCGAAACCGCGGUCAUCGAUCAUGAUACAAAUGCGAUCAAUGCGCAUUGCACUGAAGCAUUUCCUAUAUAAGAUCAAUGAGGUAGAGUCGGACAAAUGCCCCUGUGGAGAAGGCUCUCAGACACCGAGGCAUGUCUUGCUUCAAUGUGAGACCUUUAGCGCACUGGGAAAGAAGCUUUUUGACCAGUUGCAUCGAGCAAUUGGGCCAUCUGAACUGUCGAAUUAUGACAGCAUUGUUUCAAACCCGCUGGCAACCCGCUACGUUACUAAAUUUAUGCACCAAACCGGUCUUCUUGCUCAGUUUCAACACGCUGAUCAAGAAGAGUCCGAUGACGAACCAGAUGAAGACCUCGAGGUCAUGGAGCAGAGUCCCGAAGACGCUGGGCACUACCCAAUGCUUGCCAACACCGUCGAGGGUGGAGAGAACCUCGAUGAGCUAUUCGAAUACACGUUGCCGGUGUGGGCACUAAGCAACACAACACCCAGUUGA